CCUGGACCGGCAUCCGAAGGAUCAAUCUUACCGUACCAUUAAAAAAAAAAAAAUAAACAAUACGGUCACGCGUUCGCUAAUUAAACAACUUGAAUUCGCCGGUUUAUCAGCGCGUAAUGACUGAUGGUGAUGAGAUGUGAUUUGGACGCGAAGGUGUUCGUUGUGUCUGGCGGUGUCGGGCUGAUCUGGACGAAAAUGCCUUCGGAUAUCGUGUCGUUCGCAGUGACCACCGGCUUCGGGGUUAGUGUGCUGGCUGGAAUUAUUUCUGGUGUGUGUUAUGUUAUUGCUCAAGGGAUUAAUAAGAAAAGUAAUCAGAGGCCGGGCCGCGAGUGGCACUGCAAGGUGUGUGGCACCUACCUCAGGUCCAUCGAAGGAGUUUUGGAAGGCGACCGCGUGAUAACCUGUUCGAAAUGCGAACAACGUGUGUGCAAAAUUCGAUGUUCUGUAAGGAACGAAACGGAAGGCUGGGUGUGCAAUGUCUGCUCAAAAACACCCGACUCGUGGCUCAAUACCGUCCUCAAGAUAAUCCAGCCCUAUAGAUUUUCGUAUACGACUUCAGCCAUGGACACGGACUCACUGAAGCAACUGGAGGAGGACUUGGAGGCCAUGAGGAACAAAGAGAAGGCUGAAAUUCGUGAUUUCAUCGAAAGGCUGGUCAGUGCAAUGCUGGGCGAAAAUGUGGACGACGCCUGCGUUUCCAAGAUGUACAAAGAUCAACGAUAUUUACCAGUUACCGGUCAAUCGCCAUGUUCAGCACACACUCUUCUAAAGCAAAUAAUCCAAAGGCUCUUAAGAGAUGCCAAUGAUCUGCCUGGUCUAGUUAGACAGGAGAUCGACAAUGAAGUGCCAUCAGAUGAUAACAGAACUUAUGAAGACCUUUUAGCCACUGCCAUAAUUAAUAAGAUUGUCACCACAUCUCAAACUCACCGUCCUUCGUCUUCCGCCAACAGCGUAUCAAGUAGAUUGUCGACCUCAUCACGGACAAGAGAUGACAAAGAAUAUUAUUUCGGCGAAGAAACUUUAGAUACAAAAUGGAAGACCACCGAUUUGGAUACAACAUCCGUUUCCAGCAUAGAAGAUUGGAUGCACAAUGAUGCUGGUAGCAACAAAUAUGUAGACAGAGUAACUCUUACGAUAAAGCAGAAUAUCGAAGAAGUGCCUCUUUCCGACAGUGAAGACGAAGAAGAUCAGGAUGAUGCAGAGUACUUUAAAAAUAAAUCGCUUCUAAGCGAUGAUGAUGCCAACUGGUAUUUGCAAAAGAGGCAGUUCCAAGGAACGCACUCGCCCGUUCCGGUACCAAUGCUGGUUCCGGAUCCAACUGGCGACGCCAAAGUUCUAAUUGGCGAUAAAGAAUUAGAUGAAACAUCUGACUUGUCAGAUGUCGCAUCUGAUUUUGGAGACAUAGAAUCUGCACCAAGUGUAAAUUGUAUUUUACUUAAAAGCAAAACGGUGAUUGGUGGUAAAAAUUUCACAGAUUCUCCAUCUAUGGGUUCCGAUGGAGAGUUGUCUGCUGAUUCUGGGGUUAGGGAGGAGAAAGAUUUUGACGAGUUUGGUAGCAAUAAUAAUAUUGAUGAAAACAUUCAUUAUGCUCAAGCCGUAAAUACAGCUUCUAAAACAGAUAUAACAGUGGAUGACGACAAUGUAGAGGACGCGUCUAUUGUAUCAAGCUACAGUAAUACAGAAAAGGAUACGGAGUAUACGGAAAAGUUUGCAUCUUUACCAAGAACCAUUGUGAAAAAUGAUUCUGUGACAAAACAACCUGAGGAAAAACCAUCUGAGGUAAAGGAGCCAGAAGAAAGUGAGACUGAAGCAGACGACAACAAGUAUCCAGAAAUUGAAUUUGAGGGUACAUAUAGUAAAAAGGAUAAAGAAAAGUGGAAAAACGCAGUUCAAAUGGAAAAUAAUCCAUAUUCCAAGGAAAAUUUGGAGAAAAGAUUGAACAGAUCAAGUAGUUCAGUGAGUUCAUUAUUCGGCACUGAAUAUUACAUAAGACAAGCGGGCAGAGCAACUGGCGGAAAGGCAAAGGGCGAGGGAAGCUUACCAAUUUGGCCGGCGCCGCCAAACGAUGAUGUCGAUGACGACGUGUACGUGGCAAAACCUGCUGUCGUCUGUGACAACGACGACGAGCCCCAAAUAGAACCUCAGGUUUUGCCUACAAGAAAACCCGAAAAGAAUAUUUUAGAUACCAGUGCGUCUGAAGUGACCAGUGACUCUGAUUUGAGUUACAACAGAUAUGAUGUUUCCAAUGCGGAAAUCCAUCGACAACAUCACAUCCCAGACGACAGCGAGGUUGAGAUGUUCUCGUGUGAAGAUCGUGCCAAAGAUCCCGAAACGUCUAAACCGGUUGUGAUACACGAGGAUUUAAAAAAACCAUUGACAAUUCCUGCGAAUCCUUCUCCUAAUAAAUCAGGAAGAAGAUUAGAGAAUGGUUUUAAAAAAGUGGAAUCCAAACAGCCAAACAGGCCCACGAGUCUUCAUUUAGGAAGCAAGACUGACCAGGAAACGAAGUUAACCCCAUUGGCAACCACAAAAAACAGCAACGGAACUACACCAACACGGUAUUCAAGCGUACCGAAUCUAUCACAGAGUCCAUUUGACGAGGCACCAACAAUAAUAAGAAGGAAGAAGGACAACACCCUGAUUUCAAAAAUUUACAUGGACCCAAAUGUUAGAAAGGAAGCACUGGCCAAGAGAGAUUUUAUACCAAAUAUAAAUGAUGUUCCUCAAACACCAUCCAUAACUUCCUCAAAUACUAUUCAUUCACCAUUGUUCGCGAGUACUCCAGUGGUGAACUUCCCUAAACCGAAACCUAGUCUAGUCCAAAGUCUCGCGUACAAGAUUGAAGAAAACCAAGAUUUUGAAACGCAAGAGGUACAAACUAACAUGUUGUACAGUUCCGACGAUUCCGGCGCCUUCGACAAAAUAUCAUCGAAACACGACGGACUCUAUGAUGAGGAUCAUUUGCGCAAACGAGGAUUGUUGUAUAAAGAAAUGGAUCCUAUUAUAGAAACGCUAAACAGCAACGGACACGUUGCAGCCACUCUGGGGAAAUUUUCAAAGUCUGUGCCCGAUUUGAAAAUAAAAAAUAACGUGGCCAAAAGGACUUUGCUAUUGGAGGAGAAUAAUAACAAUAAUGAUAGCAACUGUGUACUUACUGAAGAAGAAGAAUCUAGAAUUCAUCUUUCUGUGAAGGAUUUAAAGAGAAAAUUUGAAAAAAUUAGAGAGCAGAACAUUGAGAGGCUUGUUAUACAUAGUCUAACUGCCAGAAAUGUGAAACGAAAGUCCCCAAACUUUAAUUAGGAAUUAAAUUUAAUUUAUUAUGUCUUUAUGUAUAUUUGUAUAUUAAAAAUUUAAAUAAAGUUCUACUGAUGUAAAUAAUAUGUACAAAAAUAUUGUUUAAAUUUUUCCUGUAUAUUAGAAAUUUUUAGUAAGUUUCUAGAAUGUAAAAUUUAAACACAAUUUAUUAAUAUUUAUAUAAACAAUAUUAUCCAAAGAUAUUAAAAUCAUUAAUAUGUAUGUAAGUCAUUUUCUCUUUUUGUAUCAAUAAUUUGUUCAUAAAUAAAAACAGCUAUGCAUAUUAAGUUAUUCACUAAGAAAAAUGUUCUGUAAAUCCCAUUGAUAAAAAUGACAAUGUGGGUUAAGAAUUGUAUAUAAAUAUUUUUUUACAAUAUAGGAUAUAAAAGUUACCCUCUUCAUUAUAAACUAGAAGAAAUGUGUACCUUCUUUAUUGAAAGCAUAAUGCAACCUGGAAAAUAUGUCGAUAUUAAUUAUAUUAGUUUAAUAAG